AACAGUGAUGGAAAGCCAUGACUGCCCAUUCACUGGCACUCUUUCAGGCCAGCCUGGCCAGGUGCUAAAAAAUCACUUGUCCAACUGAUCUAGGAGGAGAAAAUCCUUUUUCACACUUAACUUCCUGGCAAGAGAUGAGUUAUUCUCCACUGAUGGUGCUGUGAACGGCCCGGAAACAGGCUGCGGUUCCAGGAACAGUGCUGCCAACACACGGCGGUGGGUGUGGUUCUUAGUAACUGUGAGUUUCCUGUCCUUUCACUGAUGAUGGAGAUUCUUGAAAGACACAGACACCUUCUUGGGCGCCCGAGACAAAGCAGCCCCGGGGCUGGUGCUAGGAUGCUCCUGUGCAAUCCCUGUUUGAGUCUGUGAGCCUCAUCCUCCCAGUCUUAGUAAGAGAAGAAGACUGGAUGGUGCAUGUGGGAUCCUGCUCAGCUGCCUAAUCACUCCUGCAAACUGGAUUCAGUUCAAGUGCUCAAGUAUCAGCCAUGACUGGGUGCUGACAGAUAACUUUCCCCUCUAAAAGUCAAGUCUCUUCCUGAAGCACAGGAAAUGUGGUCCUGCUCACCCUUCAGCUUGGGUAAAAAUCAUCUACUUCCAUUGGCUAAUCUGUGGGAGAAAAUUUUCUAGAAAAUUUAGCCUGUAUGACCCAGAAGUUUGAGACUGACGAUCUUCACUUGUCAUCUUUCACUGAAGGAACCCAGCAGCAGCGCUCAGAUUUUGAGUGGAAACAUUGCAGACGAUGCUGAACUCAGUCAUUAUGGAGGGUGUGUCUUUUGAGAGAGAGAAGAAGGAAGAGAGAGUGGGAAAUAUGAAUCCCAUGUGCCACAUGGGACAGAACCCACAACCUAGAAGAGGAAGGCAGGAAGUUUUCCCUGUGGGUUUUUUCUUUGUGACGACAUGAUGGGGCAGGUCCAUUGAUGGGGAAAACCCCAUGGAGAACACGCCUUUUGUGUACAUUCCCAAUAAUUGCUAUAAGUAGUGCCAUCUAAGUCUCAGGGUUCUACCAGAGCUCAGCAGCUCUCCCAGGGCACUGAGUACUCAGCACUGUGCACAUCUAUCCUCUGAGCUGAAAAUGAUGAGCAGUAGUAAGUGUUUCCUCCUGGCUGCUUUGAUGUCACUGCUGCUACUCCACCUCUGCAGCCAGACAGAAGCGGCAAGCACCUUCGACUGCUGCCUUCGGUACACAGAUCGCAUGCUUCGUGCCAGAAAUAUCCAUAGCUUCUCGAGGCAGUUCGCCAAUGAAGCUUGUGACAUCGAUGCAGUCAUCUUUUACACAAAGAAAGGAUGGUCUGUGUGUGCAGAUCCGAAGAAGAAAUGGGUGACACAUGCCAUGCAUGUCCUCAGCCUACAUGCCAAAAAGAUGAAAAUAUGAUGCUCUCUGGAAGGAAAUUGGAUACAGCUGAAGAACAAAAAGAAUCCCGCUGGACUUGGUGGUUUCAUGAGCACAUCGUUGAGGGUUUAUCACUUACCUGAUUUGUGUCGUCGGACUUGUCCAGUUAACGAAGUUGAUACCCAUCGCAUCAUACUUUGCUUUGUUAAGCACUGCAUCAGAAUCAAGCUAUUUUAUGUUAAGUUAUUUAUAUAUGUGGGCUUCGUGUAUAUGUUUUCCUAUUUAAUAAUGGUUUUCCAUAAGCUGUUUAGUACAAUGUAUAACAUUAUGCACUGGAGAACUUUUUUGCAAGCAGCAGAUUUGUUUUUCUUUUUUAAAAGUAUUUAACAUUCUUCUGUUUAUAUUGCUUUUCCCUAAGUUGUUGUAAUUACCUAUACAAGAUAAAAAUGAUGAGAAUAAAUGUUAAAAAUAA